GUUGAUGACCAAUUGUUUUGUGGGUUCUGUGACGAGAAAUUGGAUUGGAGAAUUCGGAAAAAUAUCACAGCUCACACCAAGUCCUCAAAACAUAUUAAGGCAAUGGCAGUCGUCAAAGAGAAAGACAAAGAAGUGGUUAACGAUACAGUUGAUGAUGCUGAUUGGUUGGACGAUUCAGAAGAUUUGAUUGAAGAUGUUGAGGAUGAAGACGAGGAUGAUGAGGAUGAAGAUGACGACGAGUAUGAGAUUGAAAACCCACCAAAACGUAUCAGCAAGAAGACUGGAGGGCCAACAUCCUCUAGAAUAUCUUUGAAAACUAGACUUGAGCAAUUCAAUGACCUCGUGGAGUUCGAGGGAGAGGUCGUGUGUCGAAUCUGCAAGGUGGUCCUGGAGUGGACAAAAAGAUCAAGGAUCAAUGAUCAUAUGCGAUCUCAGAAACAUAUAAAGGCAGCGCGGAAAAUGGCAGAUUUGCAAGUUCCGCCAGAACUUUCUGAUGCUGAAAG